CAUUUCAUGUGGGGUGAGCCUCAGAGCUUAAAUGCACUAGUUUUGAGGUUGAAGCGGACAAACCACGAUGGAGUCUGUUCUUGUUGCUGCGACUGUGUUCAGUCUUUUGUCCAUCGGACAGUCAGCUCCAUUGACGAGCUGCGAGAGUCUAAUCCAACCUCUUGAAAUCCAAGGAAGAGACCAAUUGCUGGGCAAGUGGAUGCUGGUGGCAGAAAGUGCCAACAUCCAAGAUGUUGAAGUGAAAAUAAAUUCUUUUCGGGAAAGCCAGUGGUUGAAAAUCUCUGCUGCUAAUGAGAGUGAUGCCGUCAUUUUCACAAACACAGUAAAACUGUUUGGCUUCUGUGUCACACUCAUAAAUAAGAUGACCUUGGAAAACAACGCUCUCCAACCAUCCAUAAUCAACGAGACAUCGGAACACCCUCCUCCGCCAGAGGGUGUUUUCAAGUUGUCUCCAAUAAACCUACUGAAAACUGGCUGCCGGGAUUGUCUCUUGCUCAGAAGGGCUCAGCACCUAGGAUUAGGUCUUGUGUUACUGAGCAAAAGACGCACUGUGACUGAUGCUGAGCUGGAAGAGUUUAAGAAGCAGGGAGAGUGUCUGGAUUUACCUUGGACUUUUAGUCCGAACCCAGAGGGAGGUCUUUGCCCCGAGCCUCCCCCUGAAGAAACAGAUGUGAUGCAUUUCCUUGUCAAUGGACAGAGGUCAGAUUUUCUAAAAGUAAUUGAGACGAUUGUCAACUCUACAGGUGAACCGAGCAGUUUCUUUGAAACGGCCUCUGAGUUAUCUUGAAAAGAAGAUCAACAGUACAGAGGCUGUGUCUCAGAGAAAUCUCAGAGUGAAUUUGGUCAGUAAUGAAGAUAUUAAAUAAAUUUGACAUAUGA